AUGUACUUCUUCUCAUCUCUGGCUCUGACGCUGAACGAGCCGGAGGAGGGCGUGGCGCCCACGGACAGCCGGCGGCGCCCUGACCAGAGGCUGAUGGAGGCCGGUCUCUGGGACGAGGCUAAUACCCAAAAGCAGCGCCUGGAGGAAAUCCAGCGGCUGCAGAGGAAGAGUAGGGAGACUCAGACGCAGCAGGCCCUGGAGGACGGUCCAGAUGUAGACGGGCACCAGGCGCAGUGGUUUGAGAAGCGAGCAGACGAGACGACGGGAGAGAUCUCCUACAUGUACAAAGGAGGAUACUGGGAGGCCAAGGAGAAGCAGGACUGGAGCCAAUGUGCACACAUCUUCUAG